GCCCGGCCUGCGUGGGUCGCCAUGGAGGGUGCGGCGGUGGUGCGGGUGAAGCGAAAGCGCGGCGGGUCGGCACCGGCCGAAGCCCUGCUGUUGGCCUGCAAGCGACAGCGGACCGAGUCGGAAGAUGCCGGCGCCAGUGCGGGCGGGGAUGGAGUGGAGAAGAAUCUCUUCAAGCUGGUGGCCACCGUGGACUCUCAGAAUGAGCCUGUUCAGAAGUAUAUCCAAGAAGCUAUUACCAAAAACAAAGCGGCUCAGCGCCUGCGACCGUCAUUGGGAAGCGCCCAGAGGAUAGUGCAAGACCUUCGUUCUUCCAAGCAGGCCAGAAGGCAGGAGAGCCGUUACCGCCUGAUAGCCAGCCACCGUCCAGACCUCACGGACGACAGGAGCGCUCUUUCUGCAGAUCAAUCAAAUGAAAACAAGCAGGUGGCUGCUGAAGCGAAAAAGAACCCUUCCCAUGAAGAAAGCUAUGGUUUUUCAGGCUGUUCGGGUGAAUUUCAGUUGCUUGAUAUUGUACAAGAGGAAGAUGUGGAGAAAGACCCUGGUAUACCACAGAAAACAGAUGAUCCGGAUGUGAUUCUCUGCAAUGCUGUAGAAAUGAUUCGUGAACGCCUAACAGUAUCUGACAGCACUAAAGAAGCAGCCUGUAGCAUGAAGGAAGAGGAGUAUGUUUACGAUAUUUAUUAUAUGGAAGCAGCAUCCUCAGGCUGGAUUGAGAACAUACUGUCCGUACAGCCUUAUCAAGAUGAUUAUGAACUGGUGGAUGAAGAGGUCAUCCCAGAAGAGGUGUAUGAUGACGAUGAUGAUGAGAACAGUGAGAACAACUGGCGCAAUGACUACCCAGAUGAAGAUGAGUUCGCUGAGGAAGAUGAAAAUAGUGACAGGGAAACAAGUGGAAGCAGUGAUGAAGAUAGUGGAUACAUCAGAACAGUAUGGCUAUGAUCCACAAGCUGAAUUUUUAAGAGCACAGGGAACUUUAGUGCCAAGAUGACUGGUGACAAUGACUUUUGAAGUUUGUAGCACCACAGCUAUGUCACUUGUGGUACAUGCUGUGCAAUUCAUUAUGGGACAAUAUGGAAUAACAGAAAGGAUUUUAGAAAUAUCUCAGUCCCUGUUCUUGCAACUUCUACCUGCAUAGAACAAUAAAUGUGAAAGAAUCCUUGUACUUUUGGGGUUGCCUAACUGAAAGGUACCAAGAAGAGACUCCUUCCUAAAAGUCAGUUUGCCUUCGUUGGUCAGUACUGCAUUUUCUAUAGAUUUUCUACUGUGGACUGAAGUCAAACUGUUAUUUGAUCUUUAGUGUUGCUGGAUUGCUAGGACUUGGUUUUUGAAUGUGUAAAUGAAUACAUCAGUGUUGUUUUUCUUGAAAUCUCUCACAAUUGUACGUUCAUGAUUCCGACCCUUAAUAUGGAA